AUGGCAUCGCAACAUAAUCAUUCUGAUUCUAUGCACGAUCAUAUGAUGUCACAGAUGGCUUUUCAUACAGGUGUUACGGAAACAAUUUUAUUCGAAUCAUGGAUAACUACGUCACCUUCAAUUUUUCUUAUCUCAUGCAUAUUCAUAUUUAUCUUGAGUAUUUUGCAUGAAGGUAUCAAAGAAUUUCAUCGAUUUUCAGAACAAGAACGACUUACUAAACAACCAGUACGUUUAGAUGAUGCUAUUGAAAAUGAACUGGCUCGUAUGAAUACUGAAUCUCUUCCAACAACAAUUCGCACUAAAACUAAAAUUCGUCCAUCAUACUCCGAACGCAUACUGUCGAAUAUAUUAUAUACCACUAACAUAAUACUUAGCUAUAGUUUAAUGCUCAUUGCAAUGACGUUCAAUGUUUAUCUUUUUCUUGCUAUUGUACUUGGAAUUGGCGUUGGGCAUUUUAUAUUUACAUUGAGUGGUAUAACUUCUUCAAGUUACAGAAAUCGCCGUCACUCGUAG